GGUUGUUCCGGCUCUUUCUCGCGAAAGCCGGCAGCUCCCAUUCGCCGUUGGGGACUCGGGCCAUCAUGUCAUCAAUGUCAUUCUAUCCCAACGCUGCACUGGAUGGCCCCGGUCGUGGCACGCACCUCGUCGUCCGCUUUCGCCUCGUCUACUUUUGUGACCUUCCAAGCUCCCUCCCCAAGACUGGCCAGGCGAGCAGAGAUCCAAUCCUGGACAGCAAGGGUACGACGGGCAGCUCGGCAAGGCGACUGACUGUAUCUGGGAAGGGCGGCGGCGGCGGCGGCGGCGGCGACGGAGGUGAGGGCCUCCCCGAUAAGCAUGUUUUUAAGCCUCUGCCCGAGCAAACCUGCUAGUGUGGAUGCCGCUGACUGUAGAUCGUAAGGAAAAGAGGGGGAGGGGGCUCCGCGUCGUGGUUGGGCUGUCUGCCAGCAACAUCCUCUUUUCUUUCUUGGCCUAGGGCCUCCAUAACAGCCAUUGAGUCAUUGCGACAAAGCCACUAACUACUUGGCUGGCUUGGCACGCAACUGGGAAAGGCCAGCCAGUCAAUCGUGUUGCCUGG